CGAAAAAUAUACUAUUACUUAGUUGUCGAUUGUACAUUGCAGGGUAAAGAACCCUUUGCAUCCAUCUCUCUUUGUUCCAACUAAUAUAUAAUGCAUAUCUCAAUAGUGCUCUGGCUUGUACUGGUGAUCUCUUCCGUGAUCCACUCCGAAGAUCGAACAUCACAUUCAACGAAUGAAAACAACUUCGGCUUUGGGCUAGAAUUGAUUCUCGCCAAGCUGGAAUCGUUGGAGCUCGAGAUCAUGUCACUGAAGGAACAAAAUCGCAAUUUGAGUGAACUUGUUUCCGAUGCGCUGAAGAUAAGUGAUAAAUCUUGUGUCCAAGUGGCUACAAAUGAAAUCGUAUCGACCGGUGAGAUCGUGGCCGAGCAGAACAAUGUAAUUCGAGUGGACCAAAACGAGCCGGAAAUAGACGAAAGCCACGUGUAUUCGUCAUGCAAUGAGGUACCAGAUGGGAAAACGGGCAAGUACGCUAUCCGGCCAGUGAAGGAUUCCAAACUGUUCUACGCUUAUUGCGAGAUGCAGAUUAACGGGGGCGGUUGGACUGUGAUUCAGAAGCGUUUCAAUGGAUCGGAGAAUUUUUACCGAAAUUGGACGGAUUACAAAACUGGCUUCGGCAGCUUGGAUGGCGAGUUUUGGUUCGGCCUGGAUCGGAUUCAUCUGAUGACCAGCUCUCAAACUCACGAGAUCAUGUUCCAUCUGAUAGAUUUUAAACGGACGGUGAAAACUGCCAAAUACAAUCCGUUCUCGAUAGGUAACGAGAGGGAAGGAUACGUCAUCAAAUCACUCGGGGCAUACACAGGAUCAGCAGGUGAUGGUUUCAGUUAUCACAGGGGAAUGAAGUUCACAACCUACGACGUGGAUAAUGAUAAGUUUACGACCAAUUGUGCCAAAAAAUACUAUGGCGCUUGGUGGUAUCAUGCCUGUUAUAAAAGUAAUCUGAACGCCUGGUAUAUCAACGCACGCACCGAUCAGGCCAUGUGCUGGAACCCGUUCAAUAUGGGCAACGAUGGUCUGAUGUCGUCCAUGAUAAUGAUACGUCCGGUUUAGUGAACCUGCAGAAUCCCAUAUAAGGUGUCUGGAGUGGACCACAGUUACUCAUAACGCACGUCUUUAUUCAUGAUUCUUGACAGUUUUCGAAGAUAAAAUAUAAAUAGCAUCAUUUUUUCUUUACGUCAAAUUGUACAAAUUGGUGGUUUUACAAUUUUUGAUUUAUCAAUCAACAUUGAUCGUCUCCUUGAUGCUACAACUAGAUAACAUGAAAUUUGAUUUUUUUUUUACUUCAAUAUGUCAAUAACAUUAUUCUUAAUAAGAUCUGCAAAAUAUCCACACCUCGUAA